CGAUAGAAUGUUUUCGCACGUGAUGACAAAAGUGAAAAACAUACAACCUGAACGUCAGUAUGCUCAACAACAAGCGAUUGUCACUGUCACAUGCAAAUGACUAUAAAAUGUGGAGAUGUGCGUCUGCUGAUUCCAAACUUUAGACUAGGAGCAUUUGACGUUUGACCUCCCAUUCGAGAUUUCGCCAAUAUAUUAUACUUUCACUUUCAUUUCACUCUGGCCUUACAUAAGUAUGAAUUUGAGUGUGUACGUACGAUCACCAUUUCCUGUAGACACUAGACACACGCUCACACUUUAUUUAGUUACUCAUACUCUGAAGAGAGAGUAAACCGACGAUAUCAUCUCGUAGUUUUAGUAUACAUGUACUGUGGAUCUUAAAUUGUAAUUUGGAAGUAGUUGUAAAAGAAUGUCGUUGCAGAAUGAUGAGAGAGUUAACCUUCUCUCUGAGCAUGGUGAAACAGAACAAGAUGAACUGGAUACAGAUGUGGAUAAGAUGGAAAAAGAACCAGGUAAUAUUAAUAAAGCAAAGGUUGAGGAGGAGGUACCAUGGUAUCGAACUUUGACCCCCUACAAGCUGUAUGUGCUCCUGAUACUACUGGUGACUUAUCUCCUGAAUCAGCUGGACAGGUACAUGCUGGCCAUAUCCUCCAAAGCAAUGGCGCAGGAGAUCCACUUUGGAGACAAGGCUUGUAUGAAGAACACAUCAGCCCAAGACAGUGAUUUUAAUGGACUGAAAUGCGAGACAUUUUCUUCAGCAGACAGUUGUCGAAAUGCAACAAGUAAUCUGACACAUGCUACGGGCCUCUGUUACUAUGACUACAAUGGGCAAGGUUUAGAAUACCAGAUCGUCGCUGGUCCAGCCUUCACAGUCAUCUAUACAUUUGGUGGAAUCUUUAUCAGUUAUGCUGCUGAGAAAUACAACAGAAAGGCAAUGUUGGCUGCUUGCCUUAUGUUCUGGUCUGUGAUGACUUUGUUGACAGGAUUUGUGAAGGAAUACUGGCAACUGGUAAUACUGCGGUUUGGACUUGGAUUUGGAGAGUCUGGAUGUGGUCCGUUUGCUGUCUCCAUACUAACAGACUACUUCACACCAGAAACAAGAGGAUUCGCCCUGGGAAUCUACAAUUGGGGAAUCUACUUUGGCUACAGCAUGUCUUAUGCAUUUGGAAAUUUUAUUUCACUUGCAAACAUUAAUGGUCAAGGUUGGAGGUGGACAUUUAUUUUGUCUGGAAUUCCUGGGCUCGCUGUAGGGCUUCUUAUGUUUGUAUCGCUGAAAGAACCAGAGAGAAACCAGAACCAACUGGAACUUUCUGGCACAGCAUGUCAGCGACUUGGAAAGACGCUUAAAAAUUUUUGUAGUCCAUCUCUUCUUCUCAUUUGCUUAGCUGGGUCCAUCAGGAAUGCAUCAGGAUAUGUUUUUGCCUACAACACCCAACUGUACUUUACACAGAUUGGUCAGACGCCAGAGCAGAUAGGAAAGUAUCUGUCUUGGAUCCCCUUGGUUGGGGGGAGUUUCAGCGUGCUUUUAGGAGGGUUCAUCUCAGACCGACUGGUCAGGAGACUGGGGCUAUACUCGAGAAUUCUUGUCAUUGGAGUCAGUUUGUUAAUUGCAGCUCCAUUUGCAGCAGGAACAUUGUAUUUUGACCCUCCUGGUGCUUAUUUCUUCCAAAUUCCCACCUAUAUAUUUGGUGAGAUGUGGGUAGGAAUCACGUUGGCAGUGGUGGUAGAACUGGUCCCCAGUGAGAUCAAAACAACAGCUGUGGCUGCCUAUCUCUUCAUCAUCAGUAACAUUGGAGGAAACGCCAAUUUAUUAGUACCACCCCUAGCACAGCACUUUGAAAGUCAAAACUACUCCAAGUCUGAUUCACUGAGAUAUACCUUAUUCUGUAUGUAUGCUUUACCGUUUGUAUUCUGUAUCCCAGUUUACUUUGUGUCUAUGUUUGUACUUAAACGAGACUACAGGCGAGCAAAAAGACCCCAAUAUGUAGAGAUGGAUGAUAAUUGAUCUAGUGUAAUAGGACAACUAGAUAUAAGGUCAACUAUGAUCCUUUCUGUGACAUUUUAAGUGAAUAUAAAAUGCUAUGGUUGGUUCAAUGUAAAAGUUCUAAAUGAUAAUGUUGAUGAUGAUGUUGAACAUAUACAUGUACUGCAUCAAUUGAUAUUUGUAGAAUUUUUUUUAUAAUACAACUGUAUUAUUAUUUUUUUUUUGGGGGGGGGGUGUCUAAUUAAAAUUAGUAUCAUGACUAACUAAUGUAAUUAAAUGUAACCUAGCUAUUUAGUUUCCAUGACAAAGGUUUAAAUAAUUAAGAAAUAAAAUGUGAAAAAAGGAAAAGAAAGAAAUAGUUAAAACUUUACACCACUGUAUAUAUUUGUAUGCUUUAUACAUCAUAUUUUGUAUCAUAUUGUGAUAUAUAUUUUUUCUUUACCAACAUGCAAUUUAACCGAUAAUAUAUGUUAUUUCAGGCAAUAUUUUGAAAGUAAAUUUGUCAUAAUAAUGGUAUCUUUAAAUUGAUAAAAAAAUUAGCUUUCAGUGUUAUUAUAAUAUGAAAGAUGGAGAAGAUAUUUUUCUUUUUUUAAAAAUUCACUUAACAAGAGUUUUACUGUACUGGUUUAUGUAUGUGUAUAAAUUAGCUAGUUGAUAGCUCUUUUAUAUUCUAGUCUAGAUGAAUUGCUGAAAAAUCAGUGAUUUAUAUGAAGUUUAACCUUUUAUGAGGAAAUAUUAGGUCCUUCUUAUCAAAUGUAAAUGUACAUGGAGCUAUAAUGAUAAAUUGCAUGAAAGGGUAAUAAUAAAUGUACAUACCAAAAUUUGCACUAUAGACUUUGCAAGACUAGGUCUGUGUCUUCAAUCCCUACCUGGCUGCAAAAUAGAUUUUAUAACAACAUUUUGUAAACAAGGGGAAUAAAUUUUAAUUAGAUUAUUUAAAAGAUGAUGUUGUGUUUGACUAAAUGUGUGUAAAAAUUGUCAACAUUUCAUCCUGGUACAGGAAUAUUGUUUUGUUUAUAUAUUGAUAUUUGAAUUCCAUUUACCGGGUAGUUUGUAUAUCAGAUGUACAUUAUUUAUACACAUUUACUUUUUUUGAAUGAACAAAGUUUUUUUUAUUGAUUUAUUGAAUAAAAAUAAUUUGUUGCUCAACUAAAAGAU